UAAAAUAUGUUUGUUUGAAAACAAGUUAAGAUGGUCAAAAAUGUUUAUAGUAACCGAGUAAUUUCGAUUUUUUUAAAUCGAAAGUUAAACUUCAUUAUAAUAUUGAAUGAUUAAAUAGAAGCAAGAUAUUCUUUGAGCUAAAAAUGUAUAUUCGUCAAUGUACUGUGAGAUCAUUUCUGACCAAUCAGUGGGCACGAAGAUGGCGCGAUCGAGGGUUCUCAACACAGGUUGAAUACAAACCAAUCCGGUCGGUUUUGGUGGCUAACAGGGGGGAAAUUGCUAUCAGAGUAUUUCGAGCAUGUUCCGAGUUGGGCAUUAAGUCCGUAGCAAUUUAUUCCGAGCAAGAUAAGAUGCAUAUGCAUCGUCAAAAGGCAGACGAGUCUUAUUUAGUUGGUAAAGGUCUGGCACCUGUCGAAGCAUAUUUAAACAUCCCUGAUAUAAUUAGAAUAUGUAAAGAAAAUAAUGUAGAUGCAGUUCAUCCUGGGUAUGGAUUUUUAUCUGAACGUUCAGAUUUCGCACAAGCUAUAAUCGAUGCUGGACUUCGGUUUAUUGGACCAACACCGUUUGUUGUUCAACAAAUGGGUGAUAAGGUAGCAGCCAGAAAAGCGGCAAUAAAUGCUGGUGUUCCCAUUGUUCCUGGCACAGAUGGCCCGGUCUCUGAUAAAGAAAGUGCUGUGAAUUUUUGUAAAACUCACGGUCUUCCAGUAAUAUUCAAAGCUGCAUACGGAGGCGGUGGUCGCGGAAUGAGAGUUGUUCGAAAAAUGGAUGAGGUAGAGGAGCUAUUUGAUCGCGCAAGCUCCGAAGCUAAAGCUGCUUUUGGUAAUGGGGCACUAUUUAUCGAAAAAUUUAUAGAAAGACCUAGACAUAUUGAAGUUCAGUUACUUGGUGAUAAAGCUGGAAAUGUUGUCCAUUUAUUUGAGAGAGAUUGCUCUGUUCAAAGGCGUCACCAAAAGGUUGUCGAAAUCGCUCCUGCCCCACGUCUACCGAAAGAAGUUCGUGAUAAAAUGACUGAAUGUGCUGUGCGAUUAGCUAAGCAUGUAGGUUAUGAAAAUGCAGGAACAGUAGAGUUCCUUUGUGAUGAAACGGGAAACUUUUAUUUCAUUGAAGUUAAUGCAAGAUUACAAGUGGAGCACACCAUAAGUGAAGAGGUUACUGGAAUUGAUUUAGUACAAUCACAAAUUCGUAUUGCUGAAGGUAUGACUUUACCAGAGCUUGGGUAUACUCAAGAUAACAUCCAAUGCCAAGGAUAUGCGAUUCAAUGUAGAGUUACGACAGAGGAUCCGGCAAAUGAUUUCCAGCCAAGUACAGGUCGAUUAGAAGUUUUUAGAUCGGGCGAGGGAAUGGGUAUUCGUUUAGAUAGUGCAUCGGCAUACGCUGGUGCUAUCAUAAGUCCUUACUACGACUCACUUCUAGUAAAAGUAAUAUCACAUGCAUCCGAUUUACAAGCAUCUGCUGCAAAAAUGAAUCGAGCUUUACGAGAAUUUAGAAUUAGAGGCGUAAAAACGAAUAUACCAUUUUUGUUGAAUGUUCUUGAAAAUCAAAAAUUUUUAAACGGUGUUUUGGACACAUAUUUCAUUGACGAGCAUCCACAACUAUUCCAAUUUAAAAGAUCACAAAACAGAGCUCAAAAGCUUUUGAAUUAUAUUGGAACCGUACUAGUCAACGGACCUCAAACACCAUUAGCAACGAAUUUAAAGCCUGCAGACACAAACCACCCACGAGUCCCAAAUGUACCGAUAGCUACAUUGCCAAAAAAGGGCUUUAAAGAUAUACUGAAUGAGUCUGGUCCUGAGGGCUUUGCAAAAGCCGUGCGUAAUCACCAAGGAUUACUUUUAAUGGACACAACAUUUAGAGAUGCACAUCAAUCUUUAUUAGCAACGAGAGUCCGAACAUUUGACUUACUUCAAAUUUCCCCUUUCGUUUCACACAAGUUUUCUGGCUUAUAUUCCUUGGAAAAUUGGGGCGGUGCUACAUUUGAUGUGGCUCUAAGAUUUUUGCACGAAUGUCCUUGGGAACGACUGGAAGAGAUGCGUAAGAGAAUUCCCAAUGUACCAUUUCAAAUGUUACUUAGAGGCGCUAAUGCAGUCGGAUACACCAAUUAUCCUGAUAACUGCGUUCAUAAGUUUUGUGAUUUGGCUGUUCAAUGUGGAAUGGAUAUAUUUAGAGUUUUUGAUUCUUUAAAUUAUCUUCCAAAUCUUAUAUUGGGCAUGGAAGCAGCCGGCAACGCCGGUGGUGUUGUUGAAGCUGCUAUUUCAUACACUGGAGAUGUCAGUGAUCCAACUAAGCAAAAAUAUAAUUUAAAUUAUUAUCUCAACUUAGCAGAUGAACUUGUCAAAGCUGGUACACAUGUUUUGUGCAUAAAAGACAUGGCUGGCUUAUUAAAACCUCAAGCAGCUAGAUUAUUGGUAGGAGCUAUUAGAGAAAAACAUCCUGAUAUUCCAAUUCAUAUUCAUACACAUGAUACAUCAGGUGGAGGGGUCGCAUCAAUGAUUGCAUGUGCUGAAUCAGGAGCAGAUGUAGUUGAUGUUGCUGUAGACAGCAUGUCUGGAAUGACAUCACAACCAAGCAUGGGAGCUGUUGUUUCUUGUUUAAAAGAUACAAAACAUGAUACCAAAUUUGAUUUAAAGGAUGUCUCUGAAUAUUCGGCAUAUUGGGAGCAGACUAGAACGUUUUAUGCUCCAUUUGAGUGCACCACCACAAUGAAAUCUGGAAAUGCUGAUGUAUAUCUUAAUGAAAUUCCCGGUGGACAAUAUACUAACCUUCAAUUCCAAGCGUAUUCCCUAGGGUUGGGUGAUUAUUUUGAAGACAUCAAAAAAGCAUAUCGCGAAGCUAACCUUUUACUUGGUGAUAUAAUUAAAGUAACACCAUCAUCUAAAGUUGUGGGUGACCUAGCGCAAUUCAUGGUACAAAACAAAUUGUCUGCAGAGGAAGUACAAAAUAAGGCUGAAGAAUUGUCAUUCCCUAAAUCAGUAGUUGAAUUUUUGCAAGGAGCAAUUGGUAUACCUCAUGGUGGAUUUGCUGAGCCUUUUAGAUCACGUGUCUUAAAAGAUAUGCCUCGAAUCGAAGGACGACCGGGAGCAAGUCUUCCACCUCUGGACUUUGACAAGUUAAAGGUGGAUUUACAAGAAGCUCACCCUCAGGUUACAAAUAAAGAUGUCAUGUCAGCAGCAUUGUACCCUCAAGUUACCAAUGACUUUUUAACUUUUAAAGAACAAUUCGGUCCAGUAGAUAAAUUGUCUACAAGAAUUUUCUUGGUUGGACCAAAAGUUGGAGAAGAAUUUGAAGUUGCUAUAGAUAAAGGUAAAACUUUGCAUAUAAAAACAUUGGCGAUGGCAGAGGAUUUAACUAAAAACGGUGAAAGAGAAGUUUUCUUCGAAUUAAAUGGUCAAUUACGCUCAGUUUUAAUUAGAGAUAGCGAAGCUUCUAAAGAACUGCAUAUUCAUCCAAAAGCGUCAAAAAGUAAUAAAUAUGAAGUGGGUGCACCAAUGCCAGGCUCAGUAAUAGAUAUCCGCGUUAAAGAAGGUGAUCAUGUUGAAAAAGGUCAACCUUUGGUAGUUUUGUCGGCUAUGAAAAUGGAAAUGGUUGUACAAGCACCUGCAGCAGGCAAAGUCAAGUCUAUUAAAGUGUCAGAUGGCAUGAAAUUAGAGGGAGAUGAUUUAAUAUUGGUAUUGGAAUAAAUUAAUGUCAUAUAAUGGUACUAUUUGGGUUUUUGGUCAAAACUUCUUUGCAUUUUUUUAUUAAGUAGGGAAUUUACCUGUAUGCUUUGUUCUUUUGUAUGUGGUUGACAAUAAAAUGUUAAAUGUAAAAAAUACAAAUAUGUAUGGAGGUUUAUAUUUGGCGUA